GCUCUUUCUUCCUCCUGUCAUCCCCCACGCCUCGUUUUCAAAACUCACGAAGUUAAUAAUCACUGAAUAUGGCAUCCUACAUCGCAAGCAUCGCUCAGGCCGCUCAUCAUGCUAUUACGUCCCUGCUCAAUAUCGCCGAAGUGAAGCCUGGUUCCACCCUUGCAAUUGAUAUCCCUUUAAAGGAGAAUGAGGCCGAUAAGACAUUCACCCUUGAGGGUCUCUCUGGAAAGAACAUCAUUGUUGGAGUACCAGGAGCCUUCACUGGAACUUGCAGCGCUCAGAUUCCAGGAUACAUCAAGAACUACGAGCAGUUCAAGGAGAAAGGAAUCAAGGAUAUCUAUGUCCUUGCCGUCAAUGAUGUCUUUGUCUUGAAAGCCUGGAAGGAGAGCCUUGCACCUAAUGGUACACCUAUCAGGUUUAUUUCUGAUGACAGAGGUGCAUUCGCCGGCACUCACGGUCUUCUCUUCGACGCAACACACCUCCUUGGUGGUCCCCGUGCCAAGCGAUUCGUCCUGGUCACAGAGGACACCAAGAUCACUCACGUCGCUAUUGAAGCCGUUCCUAGCGAGUUGACGAUCACUGCAGCAGAGAAGAUUUUGCCCUUGCUCUAAGUUUCUGAAUCUUUUGUUAACCGUUUGCGGGAAAUCUGGGAAGGAAUGAAGUAAACUGAGAAGUUAGUUGUAUUUGUAGGAUACAGUACUAUGUUGAAAUGAAAUCAUGCAGGUGCUCUAGUUACGUUGGAUCGCACAUGAGAGGUACUCGCCGUGUAUUCCUUCGUGGAUCAGAAGUCAUAGUUUUCUGAACGCCU